UUCACUUCUGCUUAAGGACAAUUGCAGGAUGCAGACUUCUAAAUUAUACCUCCUGAUUUGUCUAGCUGCUGAGAUGACUUCAGCCCAGAAUGAAAAGCAGACCUCAUACACCUCAGAGGAAACAGAGUUGUUCACUGACCCCAUACUGACAGUCAGUCCUAAUGAAACAGUGUGGGAAGGGGAUGAUGUGACCCUGAAUUGUGAGUCUGAGAAUAAACAGCAGCAGAAGAACCAGCUGACAUACACUUUCUACAGAGAAAAUACACCCCAGGGUCAAGGAAUUGCACAGAACAACAAAAUCCAUUCAAUUCAGCAUAGCCAUGCUGGGAUGUACUUUUGUGAGGCAGAGGCAAAAGAGAGGAAAGCUGGGAAGAAAAAAAGUAACAGAGUACAGGUGACAGUGAAUGGAAGGACAGCCAAACUUGAAAUGAAGGCAGAACGCACAGAUGGGCAAAUAUUUGAAGGAGAUCAGGUCAGCUUGCAAUGUCAGGUCACUGGAAAUCCAGUUGGGUGGACAUAUGAGCUGUACGAGCCAAAAUAUAUAAAAAUAUAUGAAACAAAAGCAGAGAGCACCUUCACCAUCAGCUCUGCAUCCCUUUUACACAGAGGGGAGUAUUGGUGUCGAGCUGUAAAAGGAAACCUUUACUCACUUGAAAGUAAUCGUGUUACGUUACAAGUGUCAGAAAGCCCAGUGGCGACACUGACACCAAGCAAUACACAUAUGUACAUCGGAGACAAAUUGAACUUGGACUGCAAAAUUGAUGGCAGCUUUACAGGCUGGGAAUAUCAAUGGUACAAAAGGGAUAAGAAAGCCACAGAUAAGCACUUUGAAACAUCUAGUGAAAAUACAUAUACAUUUGAGGCUGUAACUGAGUCUGACAGUGGAGAGUACCUGUGCAGUGCCUACAAAGCUGAUUCUCCACAUUCCUCAAAGAAGAGCAGUGCUGUAACAGUGACUGUUGAAGGAAGGACAGCCAAACUUGAAAUGAAGGCAGAACACACAGAUGGGCAAAUAUUUGAAGGAGAUCAGGUCAGCCUGCAAUGUCAGGUCACUGGAAAUCCAGUUGGGUGGACAUAUGAGCUGUACAAGUCAAAAUAUAUAAAAAUAUAUGAAACAAAAGAAGAGAGCACCUUCACCAUCAGCUCUGCGUCCCUUUCAUACAAAGGGGAGUACUGGUGUCGAGCUGUAAAAGGAAACCUUUACUCACUUGAAAGUAAUCGUGUUACAUUACAAGUGUCAGGAAGGACAGCCAAACUUCAGAUGAAGGCAGAACGCAAAGAUGGGAAAAUAUUUGAAGGAGAUCAGGUGAGCCUGCAAUGUCAGGUCACUGGAAAUCCUGUUGGGUGGACAUAUGAGCUGUAUACAAAUAAAAACCAAUAUAAAAAAAAUGCAGAGAGCACCUUCACCAUCAGCUCUGUGAUCCUUUCUCACAGAGGGGAGUACUGGUGUAAAGCUGUGAAUGGAAAGCUUUACUCAGUUCAAAGUAAUCGUGUUAAGUUACAAGUGUCAGAAAGACCAAAGGUGACAGUGAAGCUUACCAAUGAGAAGAAACCUGUGUACAUAGGAGACACAGUGACCCUAAAGUGUAGCACUGAGAGCGGCUUUACAGACUGGAAUUAUUAUUUGUGGUACAAAGGAGAUCAGACAUACAGGGGCAAUCAGAUUUAUGGUGCCAAUGGACAAAUUUAUACCUUAAGUUUGGUAACUGAUUCUGACAGAGGAGUAUACAGGUGUUCUGCCCAGAGUGGUGUCUCUCCUCGUUAUUCACAGAUCAGCAGUCCUUUUACGCUUGCUGUUAAGGAAAACCCAAAGACGGAAGUAAAGCUAAACAAUGAGGAGAAACCCAUUUACAUGGGAGACACAGUGACCCUAAAGUGCAAUAUUAAGGGUGGCUUUACAGGCUGGAAUUUUUAUCACUGGUUCAAAGGGAGUCAGAAAUACUUGGGAAAUCAGAUUAAUGGAGUUACUGGACAGACUUAUACCUUCCAGUUGGUGACUCAGUCUGACAAGGGAUCAUACCGAUGCAAGGCAUACAGUGAUAGCUCUCCUCGUUACUCACAGUUCAGCCAUCCUGUUACAUUAACUACUCAUGAAAGAACAGCCAGGCUUGAAGUGACUCCAGUACAGAUAUUUGAAGGAGAUCUGGUUCACAUUGACUGUCAGGUCGAUGGAGAUCUUCCUGGGUGGACAUAUGAGCUGUACAGCAGCAGAUACAGACGCCUUUAUAAAACACAAAAAGAGAGCAACUUUGCCAUUAGCCCUGUGACUCUCUCAGACAGUGGUAACUAUAAAUGUCGAGCUGAAAAAGAUGGGCUUUACUCAAAAUACAGUGGUCUUGUUUGGUUGCAAGUAUCAGAGAGGACAGCCAAACUUGCUUUAAAUUCAAAGCAGAUCUUUGAAGGGGACCAGGUCAUUCUUUACUGUCAGGUUGAUGGAGAUCCUGCUGGGUGGAAAUAUGAGUUUUGGUGGAACGGAAGUGAACAGCCUUAUAAAUCAGACAUGAAAAGCAACUUUAUCAUCAGCCCUGUGAAUGUUUUACACAGUGGUGUUUAUAAGUGUCGAGCUGGAAAAGAAGGGCUUUACUCAAAAUACAGUAAUGAUGUUCAGUUACAAGUAUCAGAGAGGACAGCCAAACUUACUUUAAAUUUAAAACUGAUCUUUGAAGGGGACCAGGUCAUUCUUUACUGUCAGGUUGAUGGAGAUCCUGCUGGGUGGAAAUAUGAGUUAUGCCGGAACGGAUGUGGAAAGCCUUAUAAAUCAGAUGUGGAAAGCACCUUUACCAUCAGCCCUGUGAAUGUCUCACACAGUGGUGUUUAUAAGUGUCGAGCUGGAAAAGGAGGGAUUUACUCAAAAUACAGUAAUGAUGUUCAGUUACAAGUAUCAGGUAUAUGGGUGACUUUGUCUGCAUCUCCUAGCAGUUAUGUGAAGAUAGGAAACUCCCUCAACCUGAUUUGCACACACAGUGGGAACAAAAUCUUUCACUCUACACUCACCUUCAUCUUUUUAAGAAAUAAUGAGACUAUUAAGAGCAGCAGUGACUCUAAAGUAUUAACUAUUAAUCAGUUUAAUGAAAGCCACACUGGAAGCUACAAGUGUGGUGUAGAAUCAGCAGGAGGAGGAAAAACCUACAGCAAUGAGAUAGAGAUUAAAGUACAAGAGAUCCGUCUCCCAGUUAUAUUAGUCGCUGGUGGACUUGGUCUGUUUUUACUGAUACUUCUGCCAUUCCUCAUUGUAUACCACAGGACUCGGGGUUUGCCAUGCAGCGGGAGUAAGAGUGCCAGAACACACAAGAAAGUAGCAGAUACCAAUACCCCUAUUGGGGGUGCUGUUCAGAUGGAUACAUUGAAUACAGGAGAAGUGCUGUACUCUGAGCUGGUGAAUCCACCCAAGGGCAAGAAAAAAGGUGAUUCUGCUACCAAAGCUGACAGUGGUGUAGUGUAUUCAGACCUUAUAAUAGGAAAAUUAAAGAAGAGGAAGCCAGGGAAGGAGCCAACAGGGACCCAGGAAGUCCUGUACUCUGAUAUUAAACUGAAGAAUGUCACAGGUGACUCGGCUGCAGAAUCAGGUGAUCCUGUCUAUUCAAAUAUUGUAAUAGAAAAAUCAGUGGAGAAGAAGAAAAAAAAGAAAGAUGCUCCCCCUGCAGAUGAUCCAGGUGCUCUUUAUGCUUCUGUUCUCCCCAAAAAAGGCAAGAAGUAACACAUCAUAGUUUCUGGUGUUGCAUCUGUGAAACCUCAGCCACCUCAUGGUCUUCAGCUAUCAUGCCUCUGCUUACUGGGUUAUUUGCUGAAUUUUGCAUGGAGCUCCCUGGAGGUGUUGUUAGCUGCUGUUAGCUUCCGAUGCAAGUGGGCCUUUCUUUUCUCUAUGGAGAGACACCUGUGUGACCAUCAAAACUGAACUUCACCCCUUCAGGUUCCCUGUUGUGUUAUGUCAACAGUAAUAUCAUUAAUGAUUUCAAAUCUGAGGGGAUUGUGUGCUAUGCUUAAUUUCUUUUCCAAUUGAUAUUGUAAAAAAAAGGUGCUAUUUUGCGCCCGACCCAACACAGACUGACACGGAGGCACAUGUAAAACAAAUAAACU